AUGAACCGCUGUUACAAGUGGUACUACUUUGCGUCCAAGAAACCUCAUGAAGGUCACCAGGGCAUGACGAAAACACAACUCCGAGCCAAGUCCUGUGUGUACUGGGACGGACUCAGCAAAGACAUCGAGCACAUGGUUGGAUCCUGCACAUCAUGCAGAGAACACCAGAGAGCCCAGCAAAGGGAGCCCCUACUUCAACAUGACCUUCCCUCGAGGCCCUGGGAAACAGUUGGAACCGACCUGUUUCAUCUGUAUGGAGAUGAAUACUUGAUCAUUACAGACUACCAUUCAAAGUUUCCCUUCAUCAGGAAAGUCAGAGGGAGAUGCACAAGCGGAUCAGUUGUCCAAAUCACCAAAGACAUAUUCAGUGAGCAAGGGAUACCCCUGAGGGUGAUCAGUGAUAAUGGACCCCAGUUUGCCAGCCAAGAGUACAAAGCCUUUGCACAGGAAUGA